AUGUCGAAAGAUCAAAAGACACGGUUCUGGUGGAGUGUGUGCCAUAUGUUUGUUGCUGCCUACACACUCUGGAGUGCUCACGGGUCAUUGGCUAUGACUGCCCUAUCCCAUUUGAUAUUGUUUGACUCACUUGGCGCAAUGCUUUGUGUGGCAGUGGAUGUACUGGGCAACUUUGAAGUAUGGAAACGAUCGAGCGUGCGACAUCCGUUCGGCCUGGAGCGGGCAGAGGUUCUUGCUGGAUUCGCCAUGUGUGUACUCCUGCUAUUCAUGGGAAUGGAUCUCAUUUCCCAUAAUUUGCAGCACUUUCUUGAAUCCUCUGGCCAUGAGCCACACCAUCCUCAUCCCCACGAUCGGGUCACCGUAGGCAGCGUGGACCUUACGGCGGUGCUCGCCAUCUCAUCUACCCUGGUCUCUGCCAUUGGCUUGAAGAACCAUGGGCGGAUAGGGAAGGCAAUGCGUUUUGGAUACAUUGACUCUCUGCCGUCAGUGCUGAGCAAUCCGUCGCAUUUCCUGACCCUUUCUUGCUCUGCACUUCUCUUGCUGCUUCCAUUGGUGUCCAUCCGGCUGUAUAAUUGGCUUGAUGUACUAUUGUCUGCAACGAUCUCCAUUUUGAGUGAUGUCAUUAGGGACAUCGAAGCGGAUCCGUGUGUCUUCGGUAUCGACGACGCUAGAUUCUGGCAGGUUCACUAUGGCCUCUGCAUGGCAAACCUGAAACUCCGGGUAUCUGGCACUGAGGAGAAUCUCACCCGACUUCGGGAGCGUAUCUCCAGCUUGAUCAGGAACCGGCUAGGGGGAGGAUACGGGUCCGGUGGCCAGAAAUGGGAAGUGUCCUUGCAAUUCACAAUAGAGAAGGCAUAA